GCGCCAUUUUGAAAGUAGAGUCGCCUGCCCCUGCCGCCGCCGCCGCCGUCCCUGUCGUAGCUGCCGCCGCCACUGCUGGAGAAGGAGAGAGAGCGGGGAAGCCCCAGAGUGAAAUCCACCAUCCUCCUGACUGGUCUGCCCGCCCCUCCUUCCUUCUUCCCCGACCCCCGCCCUCUCCCCCCACAGGUGCCAUCCGCCGCCAUCCGCCCUCCCUACCCCCCCAUCCCCAGGUGAGGGGGGUGAGUUCAGGAAGCGGCGACCCCGAGGAACCCAGCAGGGUCACCAUUUGCAGCGCAACAUGGCAGGAGCUGGAGGAGGGAAUGAUAUUCAGUGGUGUUUUUCUCAGGUGAAAGGAGCAGUAGAUGAUGACGUAGCAGAAGCAGAUAUAAUUUCUACGGUAGAAUUUAAUCAUUCUGGAGAAUUACUAGCAACAGGAGAUAAAGGUGGUAGAGUCGUCAUCUUUCAGCAGGAGCAGGAGAACAAAAUCCAGUCUCAUAGCAGAGGAGAAUAUAAUGUUUACAGCACCUUUCAGAGCCAUGAACCAGAGUUUGACUACUUGAAAAGUUUAGAAAUAGAAGAAAAGAUCAACAAAAUUAGGUGGUUACCCCAGAAAAAUGCUGCUCAGUUUUUAUUGUCUACGAAUGAUAAAACAAUAAAAUUAUGGAAAAUCAGUGAAAGGGACAAAAGACCAGAAGGGUAUAACUUGAAAGAGGAGGAUGGAAGGUAUAGAGAUCCUACUACAGUCACUACACUACGAGUGCCAGUCUUUAGGCCCAUGGAUCUAAUGGUUGAGGCCAGUCCACGAAGAAUAUUUGCCAAUGCUCAUACAUACCACAUCAACUCAAUUUCUAUUAAUAGUGAUUAUGAAACAUAUUUAUCUGCAGAUGAUUUACGGAUUAAUCUUUGGCAUCUGGAGAUUACAGACAGGAGUUUUAAUAUUGUGGAUAUCAAGCCUGCCAAUAUGGAAGAGCUAACAGAGGUGAUCACAGCAGCAGAAUUCCAUCCGAACAGCUGCAACACGUUUGUAUACAGCAGCAGUAAAGGAACUAUUCGGUUAUGUGACAUGAGGGCCUCUGCCCUCUGUGAUAGGCAUUCUAAACUGUUUGAAGAACCUGAAGAUCCCAGUAACAGGUCUUUUUUUUCUGAAAUCAUCUCCUCUAUUUCUGAUGUAAAAUUCAGCCAUAGUGGUCGAUAUAUGAUGACUAGAGACUAUUUGUCAGUCAAAAUUUGGGACUUAAAUAUGGAAAACAGGCCUGUGGAAACAUACCAGGUUCAUGAAUACCUCAGAAGUAAACUUUGUUCACUGUAUGAAAAUGACUGCAUAUUUGACAAAUUUGAAUGUUGUUGGAACGGAUCUGACAGUGUUGUCAUGACCGGAUCUUACAAUAACUUCUUCAGAAUGUUUGACAGGAACACAAAGCGAGACAUAACCCUAGAAGCGUCGCGGGAAAACAAUAAACCUCGCACGGUUCUGAAGCCACGCAAAGUCUGUGCAAGUGGCAAGCGAAAGAAAGAUGAAAUAAGCGUUGACAGCCUAGACUUCAACAAGAAAAUACUUCAUACGGCCUGGCACCCCAAGGAAAACAUCAUUGCUGUAGCUACUACAAACAAUCUGUAUAUAUUUCAAGACAAAGUGAAUUAGGGUUGGCAUUCCCAGCCGAAGAGCCCACUUCCUGCUUAGUUGAGAUAGUUGAAUCUAGCAUUCGUACCUAAAAACGAGAGAGGUCCAUUGUGGCGCCCCUUUCCAGUGUUUGACAGUGUGCCAUUCGACAACACAUUUUUUAUAGCUACAUGGAGAAAUCUCUGUGGAUUCUCACCGCGGUGUUCUCCAUGUCUGCUAGCCAUGUAGGUAAGGGUAGGGCACUUUUAAUUUAAAUGACUUCUUGCACCAUCUUGCCUAAUGGACUAGAUUGGACUGUGUCAACAUUGAUUUCCUCCACUUUUUAUGCCUUCCAUUGUGAUGACGUCAAACACAGUGAGAGCCUUCAGUCAUGCUUAUGGGAUUUAAUUGUGUAUCCUCAUUACUGUAUCAUUUGUGGGGUACACCCCUCCCCCUUUUUUAAAUUAAACACAGCUCAUUCUUACUGUGGCUUGUAGCAUUCCUCCUCUUCUGGCCUCCUGGACUCUUCCCCUCCGUCUCUCUCACCCCUGCCCCUCCACCCAGUCUUGGUGGUGGUAUAUUAAAAAAAGAAAGAACGAAAGCACACAAAAUGAGUCAGUUUGGGGUCAGUGGUAAAGGGGGUAUAUGUUGCGAACAAAUGUUUUAAAUAACAGUUGGCUGUAAUCACUCCUUGCCGUGUCUGGCACCGAAAAUAAGGAAAAAAAAAAUACUACUACUGAAUAAAAGUGACAAAGAAUGGAGAA